GUGUUUCUGGUUUGUUGAAGUUAUCACCGAGCGGUGAAGAAGGUUUUUGUUAGUAAAUGGUUACGCUUUUAAGUUUUUGUCAGUUUAUCUUUUAGCAACUUACUCCGAAAAACAUCGGAUAGAGCUAAAUUUGGACCAUAUAUUGUUGAUCAUCAUCAAAACACAAGAUGUCUGUAUUCCUUCUCAAUCCUGACAAUGAAGUGAUCAUAGACUCUCCAUCCGACAAUGAUUCUGGAAAUGGUCAAACUCUUACCGAUGCCUCUCAAGCUCUCCUUAACUUCUGGCCUCAAAUGACUGAAGAAAUCAGACAAAUAGAAAAUAUGGAUGUGAGAUGUCAAGCAUUACCUCUUGCACGAAUAAAAAAAAUCAUGAAAUUGGAUGAAGAUGUCAAAAUGAUAUCUGCAGAGGCUCCUGUUCUUUUUGCCAAAGCUGCUGAAUUAUUCAUACAGGAGCUAACUUUGAGAUCUUGGGUACAUACUGAAGAUAACAAACGAAGGACUCUUCAGCGAAAUGAUAUAGCAAUGGCUAUAACAAAGUAUGAUCAGUUUGAUUUCCUUAUAGAUAUAGUGCCUAGGGAGGAAGCGAGGCCUGGUGGGCGACCCCCAGUAUCUCUAGAUCAAGUUCAAUAUUAUCUGCAGUUGAACCAGAGUGGUGGGCAGCAGCCUCAGGAUGAAGAAGAGGAGGAGCGACCUGCAGCUUUACAACUUUUGCAGCAACAGAUGACAGUGGCUGAGGGCAAGCCAGUAACGACUGGUGGCGGUAUUCAAGUGCUACAACAAAUUGUUGGUCCCAAUGGAGAAGUGCAGCAUGUACCUGUCCAAGUACCUGAUCAUGCGAUGGAAUUGAUUCGCGUCCAAGGUGCUGGUGGUACCCCAAUCAUGCUUUCACACCCUCAGUUAAUACAAGUCAGGCAACAAAAUCCAGUUUAUGUGCAAGCGCCGAACCCUUCACAAAACUAGCAAUUAAAAAAACUUAAGAAAUCAUAGAUUUCUUUAUUGAUAAUUGCAUUGGACUGAUACAGAUUUAGUCUGUAAGCUUUAAAAAAACAUCUGUAUAAAGAAUGUACAUAUUUUAUUAAUAGAACAUUCCUUUAGAAAUUCCUGAUUAUGAAGAGUUUAAAUAUUGCUGUAUUAUUUGAUGAACAUACAUUUAACUUGAACUCUAUAAAAUGAAAUUAAAAAUCAAUUUUGGUUAAUUAUGUUGAAAUCAUUGUUGUAAUGACGGUAGAUAGUCCUCCCUAAUCCUUUUCUUAAAAUAAGUGAAAUAUUUAAGUAUAUAGAAGUAAUUGCUUCUUACAACACAGCAUUGUAAAUCAGUUUCCUAAUAAUUUUGUUUGUAUAAUAUUUUUGCUGCAGUUGUUAAAUAUUGUAAAUUAGGUGGUGUACGAAGAAAAGAAACUUUCAGAAGAAACAUUCUAUAAUAUUUAGGUUAUUGUUUAUGCUUAAUUAACUAUUUUAAGUUUUAUAUUUUAUUUAUUAGUUUAAUUAAAAUAUGUUAAAUUGAAGACCUGUUGAAUUCGGUCAUUAACCUGAUCUAAGAUUAUAUCUUAUGAUUUUAUUUUAAUUUUUGUACCAAAUUAUCAUAUUUCUCUUGUAUAUUAUAAAACAUUUGUGUUACCAUUCGUAAUUUUAUUAUUCUGCACAAUGCAUACUACGUAUGUAUAAAGAAUUUUCAUUUUAAU